ACGCAAAAUCAACUUGGCGGUGAAAUUUCAAAUGAUAAAAGCAAAAAACUUUAUAUUUAUUUAAUCAAAAGUUUAAAAAUGGAUGGAGAACUAAUUUGUAACUAUAAGAAGUGCAGAAAGAGGCUAAACUCAUUUGCUUGGGUGACAUCUUGUUCCCAUAUUUUCUGCGAUGAAGAUGGUACAAGGGAGUUCAACAAAUCAUACACCUGUCCAGCUUGUGAAAAUACUUUAUCUGGUAAAUUUGACAUCAUAAGGAUAGAUCUUCAGCCAAAUGAGCAGUAUAAAUCAAUGGUAUUGGCAGGACAAAAACCAGAAACCAUUAUGGAAAUCUGUACCAGGGCCUUGUCUUUCUGGGCAUACCAGGCUCACCAAGAGAGGACUUACCAAGAAUAUGUGGCUUCCAAAGCCAAAGAAAGAGCUGUCCAACUGGAGCAAUACUAUGAACAAAUAGUAUCCCACACCCAGACAGAAUUGACAUCUCUGAAAACACAGUUAUCAGCUUCAAAAAAAGAGUUGGAGACAACAAAAAAGAAGCACAGCGAAAUAUCGGAUAAGCUUCUGGAAAGAAAUCGACAAUAUCAGAAAUUACAAUCCCUGUAUGACGCAAUGCGCAGAAAAUGUAUAACUCCGAUGUCAUUCGAGGGGAACUCGGGGGACGCCACGCCCUCGUUGGCACCAACAGACCGAAAGAGAGUGACAGGUCAAAGUUUUACUAUGCCGCUGUCUUCAGGCGAUGAUAUUCUUAGACAGCCAAACCAAGGACAUCACAUUCAACAACGCAGACCCACUAACUCGCCACCAGAAAGGGACUUCGUGUUACGACCGAACAGUACUCCAACUGUUGCUGAUCGUUCAACUCAUGCGGAAAAUGCUCAAAGCAGGUUUAGCUUAACCUUCCACACUCCAAGAUGAUGAUCCCAAGGACUCGACGAACUAGACAAGACAUACUCAAAGAACUUCAAACUGUGGAGGAUUCCCCCCC